CGUAAAUUUGAGACUCUUUAUAUACCCCCUUCGUUAAAAGAAAAAUCAAAAUGGAAGGCGCAGCUUCUAUUGUUCAAUUCAAGCUUCGCAGAUGCCAGGAUUUAAGGUUUCAAUCGUUAUUUUCCUUGCCCACUCUCUGAGAAACCUCCGCUACGAUUUCUUGGGCGAACUAAUUUGCAAUCCUUCAACAAUCAAAUCGGUUAGAUGAUCUUUGAAUCCCUGUUUUUCGAUUUCGUUCGAUUUGCAUCUGAAUUGGGCUGCAAAUCAAUUGAAUAAUAGGUUUCUUGAAUUUAUUUAUCAAUCACGUAACUCUGAUUUGUACGAAAAUUAUGAGGUUUUUGCCAUUUCGUAGAUUUUCCACUCUGCUAGGCUCUGUACCCAGAACUUAUGCUUCUAUAAACCCUAAAUUGGAUGUGAGGUUAGGAAAAAGGAAUCGGAAUUCAAUUCCAAUACCUCAUCGGUCAAUUCCCGAACCCAGAGGGCAAGACCUUGAUUUUGUUAACGUGGUACACAGCCAUCUGAUUCAUUCGGAUUGGAGUAAGCUUGAUUGUUUGUCAAUGGGUAUGACAGCAUUCAGAGUCAAACACAUUCUACUGAAAACCCAGAAGGAUUAUGUACUUUCGCUCGAGUUCUUCAAUUGGGUUGCGACUCAGAAUCCUUCUUCUCAUACCCUUGAGACCCAUUGCAUUAUACUUCAUAUACUUACUAAAAGUAGAAAAUUUAAAUCUGCAGAAUCAAUUUUGAGGAGUAUCAUAGAAUCGUGCUCUAUUGAUUUUCCUUCUAAAUUGUUUGAAUCCUUAUUGUACUCCUACAGACUGUGUGAUUCUUCGCCGCAUGUUUUUGAUCUGCUUUUCAAGACUUUUGCUCAUUUAAAAAAGUUUAGAAAUGCCUCUGAUACAUUUUGUAAGAUGAAGGAUUAUGGAUUUUUACCAACUGUGGAGUCCUGUAAUGCAUUUCUCAGCUCCUUGCUUAAUUUCAGUAGGGGAGAUAUUGUGUUGUCGUUUUAUCGGGAAAUGCGGCGUCGUCGAAUUUACCCAAAUUCAUAUACACUCAACUUGGUUAUUUGUGCUUUCUGUAAAUUGGGAAGAUUAGAUAAGGCUAAUAUGGUGUUUGAGGAAAUGGGAACCAUGGGGUUUUCUCCAAAUGUUGCAUCUUAUAAUACACUCAUUGCCGGCUACUGCAAUAAAGGUCUUCUGAGUUCAGCCAUGAAGCUUAGAAGUGCAAUGGAAAAAAACGGAGUUCCUCCAGAUGUUGUUACAUUUAAUACACUUAUCAAUGGGUUCUGCAAUGUUGGGAAGCUGCAAGAAGCAAGUAAACUAUUUGGUGAGAUGAAAGGGAUGAGUUUAUCUCCUACCACAAUCACCUACAACAUUUUGAUAAAUGGCUACAGCAAAGCGGGCAAUUGUGAGAUGGGCAAUAGACUUUUUGAGGAGAUGUCAAGAUUUCAAGUUAAAACUGAUAUUCUUACUUACAAUGCCCUGAUCUUGGGACUUUGCAAAGAGGGAAAGACAAAGAAAGCAGCAUAUCUGGUUAGAGAGCUUGAUGAGAAGGGUCUUGUUCCGAAUGCUUCAACCUUUUCUGCUCUAAUUUACGGCCAAUGCGUACGGAAACAGUCAGAGCGAGCAUUUCAAAUAUAUAAAAGCAUGAUAAAAAGUAGUUUUAUUCCUUGCAAUCAGACCUUUAGGAUGUUGCUGUCCACUUUCUGUGAGAACGAGGAUUAUGAUGGAGCAGUCCAAUUAUUGGGGGAAAUGUUGAGUAGACGUAAGGCACCUGAUGUGAAUAACUUAUAUGAGCUUUGUGCUGGACUUGGUCAGGGUGGAAAGGUUAAAACAGCUAUAAUGUUAUGCAGUGAGUUGGAAGCUCAACGUCUAUUGCCAGAAGGUUUUGACAAACUCAAAGCAUUCGGUUUGUUGCACGAUAACAAAGAUGCAUUUGGAUAGUUAACCAUUUUAUGUUGUAUCAUUUUGAUAAGAGUUAUCCUCGUGGGAUUUACAAGAAAUCCUUUCUGGUUCCACAUUCCAAAAGGAUAAAAAACUGCCCUAAGGUCCAACUGCAGCAACUCACCUGAGCUUCUUGUGCUUGUGCAGCAUACAAGACAGCUACAUUUUGGACUUGGAGAUAACGGUGAAACUCAAAGAUGAACUAAAAGCCAACUCAAAAUCUCCAAUUGAUAAAGCCUUGAUGGUGCCUCAUACGACUUGAAACAUACUGUCAUAUUGACUUUGUUUUGCAGAUGAUUUGCAGUUUUCUGUCAACAGCUCUGUCAGAUGAUUCAAUCCAAGUUGAUUACCAAUGUGAAGGAACUAUGUAACUUAUGUUAUGCUCCAAACAGGUAUCCUUGCCUUGCCCGUCAUCGCUUCCUUGAAAUUUUCAUGGGCUCUCACUCUGUCAAUAAUGUCCGAUAGUGGAGGAUUUAGUUGUCACUAAUGUUGGUUCUGGGAUGCAUGGUCUUUUUCGACACUGUGGACAAUGACUACUGGGCAUCUCAAAAACGUCUCUACUCCAACAUCAAUGGAAUUCAAACUGUUCAAAUCGAAAUCAACUUUCAAGUUAGAUUGGUCUAGUUAUCGAUCUUUAAAAACCAAUGUAGUUAGUUGGUUCAUCAGUUCACUGAAAAAUCAUUCCUUCGUACUGCUGGAAGUGGAUCAUUUUUAAUAAUGAUGAAAAACGGCAGCUAAAUUGUUGCUGGUUGGAGUUGAUAUUUA